CUGAUCCGCUGCCGAGUCGUCAAGGGCGCCCCUCUUUUUGCGUUUUGCGGAGACAACCACGCGUGAUGCUCUCCCUAACCUUUGCUAGCCUCUAGGGCACCACCACCACCUUCUCCUCAUACUCCUGCUCGUCGUCUCUCACCGUUCCCCGGAGAGCCAAGGGGACCCUCCGUCACCGGCGCUCUGGGUAACAUUCACCCGAACUGGCGGUGGAACCUGAACGACCCAACGUCACAGCUUCUUCCGUCGACUGCCGUCCGGCGUCGACCCGCGCUGCUCAAGUGCGGUCCCGCCGACAUUGGGUGGCUAGCACGCUCGCUUAUUCAAUGUUGCCUUCGUGGGAGAGGGGGGAGAACAGAUUCGUGUAUCCGUAUCGGCUUCGAAGCCAUUCUGCUGAUAUCCUGCCGGCAUCCUGCCGGCAUCCUGUGUCUGCAGUGGUCCCGGCACGAGCUCCGAAUCAUCCCAGCCCCAGCCUGUAGUGCUCGCUCUGCCCUAGCUUGCUCGCCGAGGCGGGAACUUUGCCCAUCUCUACCUCACACGAGCCUAGUGCAGUGUCGAAAGUUGCAGGCGAAAGGCUAUAUGCGGCGUUGCGGUUCAAACUUCCCUUCAAACCAAGACUAGCCACUCACGUUUGACGCUUUUGUCACUUGAUCAGCCGUCACCUCGCCCGCCCAGCUUCUCGACCCCGCAUAGGUCUGACCUGCGACGCAGACACCCCCCCCCGGUGGCUUUGUCGAACCUCGUGGCCACCGGUUUCUGCUGUGUAGAAGUCAGCUUGACCUCGUACGUCCCUCUUUGGUUUGCUGUACUUCACCUUCACUUCGCCCCGUCCCUUCUCUUUUACCUCGUUUGCUUCCUCUCAUCUAUACCUCCUCGCUCCGUUACUUGCCUUGCUACAAGGACCCGUGUGCUGAAAGUCCCCCUCCCGCCCCGUCACAUCGAGCCUCGACGGCCGUGCAUAUUAGUGCCCAUGUGUCUCAAUAACACUUGAAGAAUCACACAAUGUCUGUUGCCAUCACCACGUCAACGUCGAACCUCCUCCAUGAAGAGCCAGCCAGUGCCGCUCCUGACGCCUGCCUGGGGCUAGACCUCAACCAGGCCGCUGUCAGCUGCGUCCUCAAGCAGGAGCCCAUCUCCAUCACCCUUAACGGCCCGGCCAUCUUCACCCUCUCCAUGACUCUGGCUCUCAUCAUCCACUUCCUCGAGCCCCGGAUCGCAGAAUGCCUACUUCUCUUUGUGCCCAUCCUCCUCCUCGUUCGCAACGACUACCACAACUUUCUCGGCCUCGGCCCUGGCGGCACCCCCGCCACCUUCCAGGGCUACAUCCGCAUCGCCUGGCUUCGCCUGUGGGCUCUCAGGGACCCCUUCACCGCGCCCGAACCAGACCCCAAUCGCCUACCGAAGCGGGGCAUCCUCCUCCAGGCCGAUGGCCUGCACUCUCGGCUCCUCCCCUACCGCCCCGGCCCACGGCCCCAAGUCGCCGGCAUUGCGCCGCAGCGGCAGCUGGACCAGCACGGGACGGUACCGCACUAUCACGCUCUGCGGCGGACGCUGGAGAGGCUGGCGUCAGGGAACCCGGCGCGUUUCGGUACGGCACGGUCCUGUCUCGAGAAGCACGGCCUGGGGCUGUUCGCGCGCCACCCUGUGAACGUGACGUGCAACGGCGAGGUGUGCCACGUCCACGACUCAGACCACUCGCUGCACAUGAACCUGCACCCGGAGGACAUUCGUGAGGUGCUGGCCAAGGGGUGGGGGCAGAGACAUCCCCUGGCCUGGAAGGGGAAGCUGUUGAGGAUGCCUGUGCCGGAGGAAUUCAUCAUGGUUUACGCUCCACGAGACGACCACGAGCUGAAGAUUGUGUGUAGGAUCAUUGAGGCAGCAAUCUGGUACGUCGUUUCCGAGAGGACGGAGAUCCAUGUCGAGAGGGCUGUUUGAGUCUGGAUGCUCGGGGGGCCCUUUUCGCGUCGAAGCGCUUAUAAGCACACAUAGUUUCCUGUCUCAGGGUUUCUUCUUCCUCCUUGCAGCUCACUGCAUUUAUAACCAGCAGCAGAUUGCGAUCAACACCUGGAGUUGGGGGAGUCGUGAUAGAACAGCUUGGAUUUAGAAAAAGACAAUCAGAAGCAGCAAACCCUC